AUGGGUUGUUUCUGUUCGAAAUUGUCAUCUUGUUGUUGUAUCUCGGAGCAUAAUGGACCAGAUCAUGAAACAAAUAAUACUGAGACUGAGGAGAAAAGCGAAGCCAGCGAUGUACCUGCAUUUCGCGAAUUUUCAAUUGAACAACUGAGAAUGGCUACAUCUGGGUUUGCUGUAGAAAACAUAGUUUCAGAACAUGGGGAGAAAGCUCCCAAUGUGGUUUAUAAAGGGAAACUGGAAAAUCAGAAACGUAUUGCUGUCAAGCGUUUUAACAGAUCUGCUUGGCCUGAUGCCCGUCAGUUCAUGGAAGAGGCUAGAGCUGUUGGUCAACUUCGAAACUACAGAUUGGCAAAUUUACUUGGAUGCUGCUGUGAAGGCGAGGAGAGGUUACUGGUUGCUGAAUUUAUGCCCAAUGAGACUCUUGCCAAACAUCUAUUUCACUGGGAAACACAACCUAUGAAGUGGGCAAUGCGAUUAAGAGUUGCUUUAUACCUUGCACAAGCGCUGGAAUAUUGCACAAGCAAAGGGCGUACUCUUUACCAUGAUCUUAAUGCCUACAGAGUUGUCUUUGAUAAUGAAAGUAUCAGUUCCUCAACCCUAGGGGAUGGCAAUCCUAGACUUUCGUGCUUUGGUUUGAUGAAGAAUAGUAGAGAUGGAAAAAGCUACAGUACAAACUUGGCGUUUACUCCUCCUGAGUAUUUAAGGACAGGAAGAGUCACCCCAGAAAGUGUAAUUUACAGCUUCGGAACACUUUUGCUUGACCUGCUCAGUGGGAAACACAUUCCACCCAGCCAUGCCCUUGAUUUGAUAAAGGAUCGGAAUCUCCAAAUGUUGACUGAUUCUUGCUUGGAAGGUCAAUUUUCCAUUGAUGAUGGGACUGAGUUAGUUCGUCUUGCUUCAAGAUGUUUACAGUAUGAACCACGUGAGAGACCAAAUCCAAAAUCCGUAGUUUCUGCAUUGAUUCCUCUUCAGAAGGAAACUGAGGUACCUUCUCACAUUUUAAUGGGCAUUCCUCAUGGUGGAGAGAUUUUAUCUCUGUCUCCUCUCGGUGAAGCAUGCCUUAGAAAGGACUUAACUGCCAUACACGAGAUUUUGGAAAAACUUGGAUACAAAGAUGACGAGGGAGCCACGACUGAGCUUUCAUUCCAGAUGUGGACGAAUCAAAUGCAGGACACAUUGAACUCUAAGAAGAAGGGAGAUUUGGCUUUCCGGCAUAAAGAUUUCAGGGUGGCCAUUGAUUGCUACGCACAGUUUAUCGAAGUUGGAACAAUGGUGUCCCCGACAAUUUAUGCCCGUCGUAGUUUGUCGUAUCUCAUGAGUGACAUGCCUCAGGAGGCCCUCAAUGAUGCCGUCCAAGCACAGGUCAUAUCCCCCGUUUGGCAUAUUGCUUCAUAUUUGCAAGCAUCUGCCCUCUUUGCUUUGGGGAGGGAAAACGAGGCUCAAAUUGCGCUCAAAGAAGGUUCCAUUCUCGAGGAAAAGAAGAACACAACCACUUCCUGA